CAGCAUUACUGAAUAGGUAGCCUGUCGUCAUCUACUUGUGGAUCGCCCUUCGGUAUCAGACCGAGAUUUGGAGAAAGCAUGCCCCUUUCCUACCCAUUAGCACCCCCAAAUGCUCGUCACGCCUUGUGGCGACGUUCCAUGACAGCUUGGCUGGAGAGUAAGCCGUUUGCUCGGGACGCAGUGCAUGUUGAAACCCCUGCUGAAAGAGUUUUAUCAAGAGACAUUUAUAUAGAACGGUUCGUUUGUCCUGCAUGCGGGCUGGAUUUUGGUUUGAACUUUCGCGUUGUGCAGACACCGUACGUCAUUGUUCCAUCUUUCGACGACGCACAAGAUGUCCUCGCAACAUCCAGUUGGGAAGCCGUCACCCGCCGGGUCCGAUACGUCGUCUGACCAUGGCGGCCUGGGUUCCAAAUCCGCUGUUGACGACAAGGUUACCGUCGAUGCCGCGCCUCCGACAGCCCCCGCGCUUGCAACGCAGCAGACUCAACGCAUGGAAGCGGCAAUGGGCGAUGCCAUCCUCCGAUUUUUCAGAAUCCGAAAAGGGCCAAAAGCGGAAGAGUACGACCUCGAUGCGAUUGCCACGCAACCAAGUAUCUGGGACUCCGAGAAUGUCGAGGAGUACAAGAGUCUCUACAUUCACCCUCAAUGGGAGAACUGGGCUGCCUUUGAUCCUAGCUUCCGAUGGACAUGGAGAGAGGAACGUGCUGUUAGACGUAAAGUCGACUGGAAAAUCAUGGUCUGGGCUUGUGUAAUGUUCGCAGCCCUCAACAUCGACCGGAACAACAUAUCCAACGCCGUAUCCGACAAUAUGCUUGACGAUCUCGGAUUGACGCGAGGCGACUAUAACCUUGGUCAAACGAUAUCCCGUGUUGGCUUUCUAGUUGCCGAGCUACCAUCGCAGUUGAUCUCCAAGCGCAUUGGACCCGAUCUAUGGAUCCCCAUUCAGAUCUGCCUCUUCUCCAUCAUCUCUGGAGCGCAAUUCUUUCUGAAGGGUCGAACGUCCUUUCUUGCAACAAGAUACCUUAUCGCAACCUUUCAAGGAGGUUUCAUCCCUGACACAAUUCUUUACCUGAGUUACUGGUACACAGGCACCUCACUUCCGAUUCGACUGGCCUGGUUUUGGAUGUCUUCGCAACUAGUUGACAUCGGUGUUGGUUUUGCUGCUGUCGGUCUGGUAUCAAUGCGCGGCAUCUUAGGAUAUGAGGGCUGGCGUUGGUUAUUCCUCAUUGAAGGUGCUUUCACAUUCUGUGUGGGACUGUGCUCGUUCUUCCUUAUGCCUCAAUGCCCGGCCAAGACGAAGAGCUGGUGGAACCCCAAGGGUUACUUCAACGAGAAGGAGGAAAAGAUCAUUGUUAACUCCGUCAUCCGCGACGAUCCCCAGAAAGGUGGUAUGUACAACAGACAAGGUUUGUCCGUCAAGCAGAUAUGGGAAUGCUCCAAGGAUUACGACAUGUGGCCUUUGUACGCUCUCGGCUUGCUCUUUGGCUUGCCGAAGUACCCUGUCAACCAGUACCUCACUUUGUCGCUCCGAGACCUCAAGUUCAACGUCAUCCAAACCAACUUGCUCUCAAUUCCGUGGAUCAUCGGAUCGAGUAUCACCAUGUUGGCCAUCACGGCCGCUAGCGAGCUCUGCAACAACCGCAGUUUCGUCGCCAUGGCAGAGGAUGCAUGGUUAUUGCCAUGCUUCAUUGCCCUGAUUGUGAUUGCGAACCCGAGCCCCUGGGCGUACUUUGCGAUCGCAACAGUGCUGCUGUCCUUCCCUUACACACACCCUAUUCAAGUUGCAUGGACGAGUAGGAAUGCUGGAUCCGUCCAGAACAGAACAGUGUCCGCAUCCCUGUACAACAUGUGGGUUCAAGUCAGUGGUAUGAUCGGCGCAAAUAUCUAUCAACCAAGUGAUGCCCCCCGAUACUUCAAGGCCAACAAGGGUUUGCUGGUCAUCUGCAUUUGGAUGUGUGUUGUACAAUACCCCUUCACCUACUUUUACUAUCGGUGGAGGAACAACAGCAAGGCCAAGAAGUGGGACGCUAUGACACCGGAGCAGCAACAUGACUACCGUGCAAACACGACAGACAAAGGGAACAAACGGCUCGACUUCCGUUUCGCCACAUGAUGGAUAGUGCCUGUGUACCUCACCUAACUUUACCUAGGUACUAGCCCGACAGGAUCAGGAUGGUCCUAUUGAUCAUUGCCACGCACCCCAGUCUAUUCAUUCAAAGAGAAUUCUGCACGCAAUUAUCGUAAUGUUCAUAAAAGUAGAGAAAUAAAGUCUCCCCAAAUCACAUGCAACUCAGGUAUCUCAGAGUGGCAGUGGACGUGUGGUUUAUGCGACCUCGAGGAAGGGUCCUUUUUUGUACAAGGUGAUACUGAAUACCAGUAGUGUAGGAUGAUCGUCGGG